AUGUCCGUUAACUCCCCACAUCAACAGCACCAUGGAACCGUUCCCACGCCGUCUCCAGCCAUGGAUGGCCGCACACCCUCAGAACACGCCCCGGUAACCCACGACGACUCGGCCGCCUCCGCCGCUGCCGCCGCCGCCGCCGCCGCCGCAGGAGCAGCGCCGCAACACCAACCGUCUUACCUGCACGACGACAACAACGCCGCCGGCGACGCCGAAGCGCUCUCCUACCCACCCCUCGACGACCCCUCCUCGCAGCCGCUGCUCCCGCCCGCCAACUUCUCGCCCUUCUUCGCCCUCGUCGCCGACGCCACCACCGGCGAGCACCACCACCCGGCCGUGCACUACGUCUUCUCCGACGACGACCCGGACCUGCACACCGCCGUCUUCAUGCGCGCCCUCGGCGACACCACCACCUCCGCCCCGCCCUCGCCGCCCACCACCCGCCACCACCCGCCCCACCACCUCGUCGACGACGACCACCAGGCUGGCCACGCCCACGGCGCACCCGGAGGACCGCCUCACUGUUAUCUGCCUCCGCCGACGCCGGGCACCAAGGAGCGCUACGUCGUCGUCGACCUGACCCCAGACGGCCACGCCGUGGCGGGCGCGACGAGCCUGAGCCGCUCGUGGCAGGUCGUCGGCACCGCCAUCGGGCCCGCGCCGUCGUUCGGCGAGGACGCGGACGACGACGGCGGCGGCGGUUUCAGUGGCGGCGGCGGGCUGAUGCUCAAGGUGGAGGGCACGGACAUGGGUGCUGCCGGUGCCGGGAAUAGGGGUGGUGGUGGUGGAGCGGUACAACCGGAGGUGGUGGUGGACGAAGCCGUCAUUGCUGCUGGACUGGCCGAGGCGAGGAGAGCUGCCGGCGACGAUUUGGUGGGCGGGCUGGAAGAGCUGCUGAAGCGGUUUCAUGGCGGGGUCGACGUGUUGGACAAGAUCGUUGGGCCGGACGUGGAGGUUUUGGUGCAGCAGCAGCGGGACCAGCAGCAGCACCAGCAGCAGCACCAGCAGCAGCAGCAGCACGAGGGUGGUGCUGCUGGUGAAGAAGGCGAGGUACCACCGCUUGUCGCUGGUGAGGUGGUGGACGAGGCUCCUGUUUGA